AACUCUAUAUGCUCUCCCACAGAGUUUGAUACAGGCUGGACAACUCCCCUAAGAGCUCUCAAAUAUCCAUGGAUACCAUCAACAGUGCACCGAGUGCAUACCUUCAAUGCACUGCUGUGGAACAAUCCAGCUAAGUCUAAACAUUCCUCACCUCAGGUUAGAUCAUUUUUCAGAAGAUAAAUUGUGACCGAGGAAUACAGAUAUCUCAUACUUUAUAAAUUUGUAUGUUUUCUCUACUCAAUAAAAAAAGGGUGAUUUAUAAGAAACGGUUGGUAAAAUAUAAUCAGGACCAUUGUAAUAGUCAACACAUGCUCCCACCCAUACCUGUGUGCUAUGGAAAAUCAAAAGAGAACUUUUCAGCAAGAUGCUGAUUCGGCAGUGGUGGAUUCAGAGAUUGGAACACUCCUAAAUUACGUCGGUUGUAUGGAGCAAGAGUAUUUCCAGACGUUGGAAUCCUCUCCAGAUCUCUGUCGUGGGCUUCCAGGACUUCUAAGAUACAAAAGAGAGUCCAAGGAAAGGAUGUACAGUCCUCAGCCCCAACAGCAACUGGAUUCUCCAAUAUGCUGUCAGUUCUGUGGUUCGAGAGCUUGGCCACCUCUGGAUCCGGUUUAUGCAGAGACACGAGAGGACUUCUGCUGUGAGGAAUACAGAGAGUUGUUUGAGAUUGUGGUCCAUGAAAAGCAUCUGGCCAUGAAACGUUCUGAUGCAAGAACUAGUGGACCUGCUCGCCUAGAUGACCCCUUCAUCACUGAGGAUGAAGAGCUACAAGAUAAAGCGCAAGAAAGAGCAAAACACAGUUUCAGACAGCAGCAGCGAGAGAUGCAGAGAUAUGACAGAGAUGCUCACUCCAGUUUAUUGGCAUCAAACAACAAUGUGCCUCAUGAUAAAACAGUCAUCAGUUUCCGGCUCUCUAACUGUCCACCUAAUGAGGAUGUUUGUAAAGUUAAAGAGUACACGUAUGUGGACGAGACCUCUGGACUAUGGACACAUGAGUCUUCUGAUCCGGGGUCAGUUCAGUUUGGUUUAACUCAUCACCAGUACAAUUCAAGUUUCUUGGAGAAGUACUACUCUAAUGGAAAUAAAUUUCUCACUGUGUUUCCAGAUGCUUCUGCUCAAGUUUUCUAUCCCUCAGGAAACUUGGCUCUCAUCAUUCUCAGCAGCAAGAAGGAAAGGAUCUGUAUCAUACAUGAUGACACGCCGACUCCGCUCUGUCCAGUCAGAGCCCUCUUUCAGUCUAAUGGCAGAGCCACUUGUUACUAUAGAAAUGGCAGCAUUUGGUAGGGUAUGGAUGCUUGGGGUGGACUGAGUCUAGAUGAAGGCGGGAGAAGGAUCAGAACAUGGAGCUGGACAGACAAGGCUCAAACACCAACACCUCUGAGACCACUCUUUCUAUCGCUCAACAGAAAUAUAGGGGUUCGAGUUCUUGGUCAACAGUUGGUGUUUGUGUCAUUCCUUGCUUCUGGACAGCAAGCCAGAUUCAGAGUAGGCAGCUGCGAGCUGUCCAAAGAAAACACCAUACCUCCUCAAGUCCUCGUGUGUAAAGAGGAACUGGUACUUCUGGCAUGCAGGGUUGGCCUUCACAUGGCUCUGAUACGGCUGCAGCAGUGCCAAGCUUUCCCAUCCAGCCCAAAACACCUGCGGGUCAGACCUCCACCUUUCCUCCACUCUCUGGUCCGAAGGUUGAGGAGUUUAAGCCAUAGAAUACAAAUGGAAGAGCCAGACAAGGCCUUCAUCCAGCGCUGUCUGCAGGCUUGUCCAUGAACUGACAUGCUUGAAAAAGCAUACAAAACAUGCUGGAGUAAUUUGACUUGACUAAAGGUGCGAAUUUUUAUGUAAAGUUCUGAUGCUCCUUGUCAGCAUUUUAGCAAUGCAUGAAGUAAUGCAGAUGUGACUUUCAAACAUAUAUCAGCUUUCUGUUGCGGUCAAUGUGUCAAAUUCACACAACCAACUACAAAAGGUUUCAAAAUCUGCAUUGGGAAUUCUUUCGCCCUAAUACGUUUUCGUAUGGUCUGCCCCAGUGACAGUUAUGUUGUGUAAAAAAAAAAAUGUAUUGUAUAAAUUCAGACAAAAUUGUCAUCUCCCAAGGAAUUCACACUUUGCAGAGAGUUUGACUGACAGGCGAUCUGACCAAUCAUAACACUGAAUCUGAGAGAUUGUCUGACAAACA